CUAAACUCUUAUCAUCGCAGGGUUAGCGUCGAACAAGCCCAUCUGGGUCUAUCCACUCGAACGAAAUCCCUACAUUCAAUAAUGUCUGGAAACUCGACCCCCCUCUCGCAAGUCUCUACGCUCGUCAACUGGCAGGAUGUCAAAGAGCUUACACUAAACAAGUCCUCGGAAACCAUCCUGCCCGCCUCAGCCGUGCUCGAAUACUAUUCAUCGAAAAGCAGCUCUGCGGUUUUCCUUUACGAUGUCGCUCGCGAGGCCGGAUUUGGAACUACAUUAAGGGAACUGAGCAAGUCACAGGAUGGUGGUCAUUACGCCAAGGUUUUUGAGCUGCAGAGCCGUACCGGUGCUGGUCUCAGUCUCUUAGGAAGACUCUCAGAAGGGACAAGCUCAGACGGCUCGCAUUCAUCUACCGCAUUAACAGCGUAUACUACACCAUCUGGAUUAGCUCUCAUGGCUCCAACGCUCGCUCUUUGCCCGCCGCCCUCGACGAAUGGUCGCUUGGUCAUACAGGUUCCGAGCAUCACCCAUGUCGGAUCUGAUAUGUCAGUAUCGCCAACGCUUUCCCAGUUGACUUCUUUCUUUACUUCAUCACCCGAACACUUUGCCGUAAUAUUGUCAGCCACUCCCCAAGAGGUGGUCGACUUUGCGGCUGUCUCCUAUGCGACUCCCAAGUCCCACAUCGUCCACAUAUUUGACCAUUGGAGCGCUGCUCGCGAAACCUCAAAGAAACGAGCACCUACUCUACCACUCCAAGCACCAGUAUCGGAUAUUCACACUGCGCUGCAUAAAUUAGGGCAUUCGUUCUUCGAGUAUGCAGGCGACUCCAACGCUACCAACGUUGUGCUGGUCUUGAAUGGCCCCCUCGCGUUAUCAAUUAAGCACUUGGCAUCGGUUAUUCCUUCCUUUGGUGUGGUCAUCGUAAAGGUACUGCGCCCAUGGGAUGAGAAUGCACUCCGCAAAGCCAUACCAACAUCCACGACCUCUCUCUAUGUCAUUGACGACGUGAUUUCUUCGAGGUCAUUCACCCCACUUUACCAUGAUACCUUGGGACUUUUAGCACAUGCAUCGCCUAAAACACCCAAGAUUCUCAGCCAUAAGCUUGAUACUCUUACCCUUGGCCAACUGCUUGCAUCAGGCCAGUCACUCGUCGGGUAUCUCAGUAGCAUCAUUUCACUAGACUGGUUCGCACCGCCCAAAAUUCCGACUCUUGAAGGCAAGAAAGUCACCUUCUAUUCAAGCCCCUCUUCACCUCUGCACGAGGCACCCGCUACCACAUCACAACUAUUCCUUAACCACCCUAGUAUCGAUGCCCAUUAUAUACAAAACUUUGAUGCGUUUUCUAAACCUGGUGGUGUCAUACAGAGCAAUUUGCUCCUCAAUGUGGCGCCUGCCACCACGUACAGUCCCCCCGCACUGUUCCACAGAGGCCAAGGUCCCGAAACAGAUGCAUUGGUCAUUCUCGAUGCCUCAUUACUCAAGACUCAUGACAUAUUAUCCGAAUUGAAAGAGGGUGCUCCUGUCCUGAUUACGACAUCGUGGACAGUUGAGGAACUGAUAGCGAACAUGUCUGUUCUCAACCUAGAAACGGCUAUUUUGAAGAAGCCACAAGUGCUUAUAAUCGAUAUCGAAAAGGUGGCCAACGAUCUGAAUGCUUCUGAAUCGGCUAUCGCGAUUACCACUUCUGCAUUCCUCCGUCUCUAUCUUGGCUCUAUUGCUACCCCCGAAUUAAUCACAAAUCUCAGUACACCUUUCUUUGGCAAGGAAGUCAGUGGUGUGGAAACCCGCCAAAUCUCAAAAGCAUCCUGGGAUGCACUAUCAUCUGUACCUCUUCCGACCGAGGUCCCAACAGAAGAAAAAAUAACGCCGCUCAAACAGUUCCAAUUCAACUCCAUCGUUCCCGAUGCACCCGCCCCUCCAAAGGCUAUUACUGCACAGGCUAGUCUCUGGACUGAGGCUGCAAAGCAGAUUGUCUUCAAAGAAGCCUUCUCUCCUGCUCUACCGCAGGUUAAAGGAACACAGUACCCAAGAAAUCCGGCGCUCCGACCCGAUGUACCAGAGGAAACCUACCUUGUUACUUGCACUGUCAAUCGCAGGUUGACACCACUCGAGUACAAUCGCAACGUCUUCCAUCUUGAGUUUGACACCCGAGGAACAGGUCUCAAAUACGAGAUUGGAGAGGCUUUGGGUGUGCAUGGGUGGAAUGAUGCUGAUGAGGUGCUGCACUUCUGUUCGUGGUAUGGUCUCAACCCCAAGGACGUCAUCUCCAUUCCUUUACCAGGAGACUCGAGUAAGCGACACGUCAGGACUAUCUUCCAAGCCUUCCAACAACAGAUCGACCUCUUUGGCAAGCCACCAAAGAGUUUCUACGAGGCUUUAUCCG